AUGGCAUCAAAAAAUAGGAGUAGUGACCCAAACCUGCCGCAGGUUUUAGAAGAUAUACUGGUAUCAAAUGAUCAAAGUGAAAAUGCCAGUAAGAUAGGACAUGUUCCAACGAAUAGUGAGGAUGAUAAUGAUGUUAAUGACGACGAAGAAGAGGAUGAGGACGAUCAUAUUUAUAUAAAUGAAGAAACUGAAUCAGGUAGAGAGAAGAUACUCAUAUCACACGCUCCACAGGAACGUAUAGUGCCACCCUUGAAUUUUUGUCCCGUAGAGAGAUAUCUUUAUAGAUCGGGACAGCCAUCACCUGUUAAUUUCCCAUUUUUGUUAAACCUAAAUCUUAAGACAAUCAUUUGGUUGGCUAACGAAGAACCUCAAGAUACACUAUUGGAGUUUUGUGAUAGUUAUAAUAUUUCUUUACAAUUUGCUGCAAUAAAUCCCGAUGGUGGGGAAGACGACAAUCCAUGGGAUGGUCUUACAGAACACUCCAUUAUUAAUGCUUUGCAGACAAUAGUUGAUAGAAAAAAUUAUCCGUUAUUAGUAUGUUGCGGUAUGGGUAGACAUAGAACUGGUACAGUGAUAGGAUGUUUGAGAAGAAUCAUGGGAUGGAAUUUGGCAAGUGUCUCAGAAGAAUAUAGAAGAUUCACUGGUAGUAGAGGUGGUAGAAUCCUUGUGGAAUUACUUAUUGAGGCAUUCGAUACUAAGAUUGUAGAAAUAGUGAAAGCUGAUGCACCAGCAUGGUUAAUAACGGCAUUAAAUGAAUAG